AGUUGAAAGCAGCAGUGGUCAGCCAGUGAAGUGAUCGGGCUUCCCUUCCCUCGUGCUCUCCGCCAUUUCUCGCUGAAUCUCCGAUCCACAUCCUCUUCACUCCUCGGGUAAUCAUGUCUACCAUAAAUCUGCCCACCCAUUGCAUGUUCAGAAGUGCAACCCAGAACCGAAGUGCAACCCAGAACCGAAGUGCAACCCAGAACCGAAUUGCCAGUGCCUUCAUUAGGAGCCCAUCAUCUUUGGGAUCUGUAAAGAGCAUCUCUAAAGCUUUUGGCUUAAAAUCUUCCCCCUGUUUCAGAGCAACUGCAAUGGCAGUAUACAAGAUUAAGCUGAUUGGACCUGAAGGUGAAGAGCACGAGUUUGAUGCCCCAGAUGAUGCAUACAUAUUAGACUCAGCUGAGGAUGCAGGUGUUGAGCUACCUUAUUCUUGCAGGGCUGGGGCAUGCUCUACCUGUGCAGGGCAAAUGGUUUCAGGUUCAGUGGACCAGUCUGAUGGAUCCUUCCUUGAUGACAAGCAGAUGGAGAAGGGUUAUUUGCUAACUUGCAUUUCAUACCCAACUUCAGAUUGUGUGAUUCACACUCACAAGGAAAGUGAUCUUUAUUGAGUACUUUUUAAGGUCAGAAUUGGGUAUGGUUUUCAAUUCUUGUUAUCUUGAUUGUGAUGGUACAAACUUUAAUGGAUGGUUGUACUUAGAUUUUUGGUCAUGUUUCUGGUGGUAUCUCAUCUCAGUUAGGUCUUAUUGGCAGUUGGUUUGCAGGCU